CGCAGCCCCCCCCCCCCCCCCGGGCAGCGCACACCCACUCUGCCCCACAGCGCCAGGCAGGGUCCUGCCCCACGCGGGGGAUGCCGUCCUGGGGGGAGCACCCAUCGCUCAUCCCCCCCCUUGACUUCUCCUUCUGCCGCAUCGGCUCCAUCGAGGAGCUGCCAACAGCACAGCCCCGCGCCGGCCCCGUGCCCCCCCGGCCCCCCCAGGCCCUGCGCCUCAACAACAACAGCCUGGGGGGGCUGGGGGGGCUGCCCCCCGCCCUGGAGCAGCUGCUGGUGGUCCCCACGCAGCUCCGCUGGCUCGACCUCUCCUUCAACCGCCUGACCACCAUCGACCCGGUGCUGACCACCCUCCGCGCCCUGCAGAGCCUGCAGCUGCACGGGAAUGGCAUCGGCAGCCUGGCCGAGGUGGACAAGCUGGGGGUCCUGCUACGGCUGCGCCGCCUCACGCUGCACGGGAACCCCAUGGAGGAGCAGAGGGGCUACAGGAGCUACGUGCUGUCCCUGCUGCCCCACCUCACCUCCCUGGACUUCACCGGGGUGACCAGGCAGGACCGCCAGGACGCUGCCACCGCCAGGGCCCAGCGUGGCAAGAAGAAAGGGGGAGCCCUGGGGAGGGGCACGGGAUGCCAAGCCCCCGCCCCGCGGUGAAGUAGGGGUUGGAGGGGACGUGGGGGGCAGGGUGACACCCCAGGGUGACACAGCUGGGGCACACAGGAGGGACCCGAAAGCCCCUGGGUGCCACCAGCCCCCCCCCACACACACACCCUGGGCAGUACCAGGGGUCCCUGUGCCCACAGCCCCCCCAUCACACCCAACCCAGAGGACCAGGCUCAACCCCUGCAGCCCCCAAAGACCCCCCCCAUGGGCUCACCCCAAUCUCAGCUGCCUGCUGGGGGGGGGGCAGCUGCCUCCUAUGGACCCCCAUUACCGGACCCCCAGGGAGCCCCAUCCCCUCCUCAGCAACACAGCGCAGGGCUGGGGGGCGGCUAGAGGCAGCGGAGGGCUCACGGGGUGGGGGGGUUCUUCUAUAAACUGGGCCAAACUGGGCCCCCCAGGGAUCGGCCCCACACAGCAGCACCCGGGCGAGGGCUGGGGGGUCCAGGGGCUGCCCUGAGGGAUGGGGACCCCCCACAGCAGUGCUCAGCCCUUGCCCCACAGCACUCCCGGGGGGCACCGCCUGGCCCUCAGAGCCUUUGCCAGGAGGAGCAGGACCAGUAGGUCCCAGUAACCCACUGGGAAACUGGAGCGAGGCUCCAGAACACAAAGGCAAGAGCUGUCCCUGAACAGGGGCGUG